UUUGUUAGUCACACUGUCAAGACUUUGUGAUUAAUGUUACAUUUCUGUUGCAUUAUAGCUCAGCUUCUCAGAUUUGUGGAGUGUUUUUAUCUCAUAGCCUACAUCUGAAAAAAAUGUUUCGCACAUUAAUUUUCUUCUGUUUGUGGCAUCUGGUUGAUGGAGUGAAGAGAGUAUAUACGAUAGAGGGAGACUCAGUCACUCUAAACACUGAUGUUCGUGAUAUAGACAGAAAUAUGCAUUAUAUAGUGUGGGGGUUUGGACCUGAAUGUACUGGUAUAGCGGAAUGGUUUACUGAAGUCACGUAUCAUUUAGAUCAAAAAUUUGGAGGCAGACUACGAAUGGACCGUCAGACUGGAUCUCUGACCAUCAGGAACGUCAGAACAACAGAUUCUGGACUUUAUCAAAGAGACAUCAUAUAUUAUAACCCGUUCUUGCAGGAAACAGUCUUAUUCAAUGUCACUGUCUAUGAUGCAGUAAAGACAGUGUUAUUGACGGAGGGAGAUUCUGUUACUCUACACACUAAUGUUACUGAUAUACACAGACAGGAUAUCCGUUAUAUACAGUGGAGGAUUGAACCUGAAAACACUCUUCUAGACAUUAUUUUUGAUAAUGGAACAUCUGAUAUUAGAUAUUAUCAUGAUGAGAUAUUCAGAAACAGACUACAGAUGGACACUCAAACUGGAUCUCUGACCAUCAGGAACAUCAGAACAACAGACUCUGGACUGUAUGCACUACAGUUUAUCAGACUUGUAAAAUCAUUGUCUGUAUUAUUUAACAUUACUGUCUUUGCUUCUCUGCCCAUACCUGUCAUUAUCAGAGGCUCUACACAAUGUCCUUGUCCAUCCUCAUCAUCAGGAUCAUUAGUGUCCAGAUGUUCACUGCUGUGUUCAGUGUUGAAUGUGAGUGCUGUGACUCUCUCCUGGUACAAAGGAAACAGUGUAUUGUCCAGCAUCAGUGUGUCUGAUCUCAGCAUCAGUCUCUCUCUACCUCUGGAGGUGGAAUAUCAGGAUAAUAACACCUACAGCUGUAAAGUAAACAACCCCAUCAGUGACCAGUCUACACAUCUCAACAUCACUGAACACUGUCAACCAUGUCCAGACUCUGUUCACUGUUGCGGUUUUACUGAAGCUGUGAUUCGAUUGGUCCUCUCUGGUGUGGUGGGUGUGGCUACUGUUAUCAUGGUGGUUUAUGAUAUCAGAUUCAGAAGAGCUGAAAAGAAGCGAAGAACACAAUCACAAUCAGUCGUUGAAUGAUGGCUUUGAAAAACAGGAAAUUAACACACUCUUGAUGUAAACAAAGUGAGAAUUUGAAUAUCUUUUUUUUUUUUCUUAAAGAUGUUUAAAAAACUACAUAUUGUUUGCAAGCCAGUGAUGUAUGAAUUGUGACUGAAUUGUUGUUUUGACUCAGUUCUUUUUAAUGAAUAGGGCUAAGUCCAAAUGAUUUCCGUAACAAAUAGGACUGCAUCAUGAUGAUUCUUAUCCAAUAACCAAAAAACAUGGAAACCAUGGAAAUCGGCACCCAGAUGCUGACGAUGAAGUUAACUUUUGCAUAGAAAUUUGAGUGAUUUCUUUUAUCUUAUAAAUGAUAUUGCUUUGUAUAUGUGCUCAAAUUCUAAUAAAUACAAUAUAUAAGUGUAGCGCCCCCUGCCCUCUCGAGAGUUACGGCUCUCAAGUACGGUUAGGGUGGAUCACCGGGUUCUGGUGAUAUGUCUCUUGACUAGUAUUAUAAACUAUUACACACCUCUGGUAUUACUAAUAUUUACAAGCUAAGCCUACAGGUAAGUAUGGUGAAUCCAGGUAAAUAUGUCACAUCACUCGCUCACUUAAAUGUCAAUAAAUAGAAAAAUAGGUCAAUAAAUAAAUAAACAGACAGUGUGUAAAAAGGUAAUAAAUAGAUUAUAUACAGUAUCAGUAUCCAAUGCAUCAAUGACAACACUUCAAUAAAAGAAACUGCUCAAUUAAAAUUGACUUGAAUUAUUUCCAAUAUAUCUCAGCAUCUGCAGAUGACUACUGAAGUUAGUCCCUCUGAUUAUAAACAGUUUGCUGUAAGAGCAACUGGGACAAUAACUGUAACUGGCAUUUAAAUAUCAUAUAAAAAUAAAAAGCAUAUAUGUUGGCCCACAAACACGCAUUCAUCAAUUGGUCGUGAUUGGUCUCUCUAAGCGAAAUCCCAAUUCGUCGGUCACCGAUGUGA